AUGGAGAAAUUUCCAGAAUCAGGUAUCCUGGUCGAGGCCGAGGAGUUCGACGACUAUGGAGGCUGGGUCCUGGACUCUCAAUUCGAUCUCGAGAUGGGCUCGCCUUACUUGCUAGCCCAUGGGAACGGGAGACCCGUCGUGGAUGCAAAAACUACGAUCUCCAUCUCAGAAGCCAACAGAUACAACGUUUGGGUCCGCGCCAAGGACUGGGUCCCUGGUCGCCAUCCCGGCAGAUUUACGGUCGAGGUCAACGGGAGCACGUUGGAUACGGUCUUCGGAGCGAACGACCUCGACUGGUCCUGGCAAUUUGGAGGUAUAGUGGAACUGCCGGUCGGCGAGAUACGGCUCGCGCUCCACGACCUGACCGGCUUCUGCGGACGCUGUGAUGCGAUCUUCUUCGGCCGCGACGACGCCCCGCCUCCCCAGGCAGUCAACGCUGAGACGCGGGCAUGGCGACGGAGGCUCCGUGGCCUGCCACAGCACCCUAUUGAUGCGGGGACAUUCGACGUCGUGGUCAUUGGAGGCGGCGUCCCCGGUGUGGCUGCCGCUCUGACGGCCGCGCGACUAGGGGAGCGCGUUGCGCUGGUUCACGAUCGGCCGUACCUUGGGGGCAAUGCCAGUGUGGAAAUUGGACUGCGCCCGCGUGGGGUGACCGGACCGCUGAUCGACGAGAUCUCCCAGCGCAAGCCCAACGGCGAUAUCUACGCAAAGGAGCUGCUCGACGCGGAAGCCAGAGCGACAGUCUUCCUGGAGCACGCCGUUUACAACGUGGUGAAACGGAAUUCGACCAUCAUCUGCGUGGAUGCCCGCCAUGCCCGCAGCGGACGGGAGAUCCGCUUGACGGCGCCGUUGUUCAUCGACUGCUCAGGAAAGGCCAUUGUCGGGCUGCUCUCGGGCGCGGAGACACUCUUCGGGCAGGAGUCGCAAGCAGAGUACGGGGAGAAGCUUGCGCCACUGGACGGCAACAACAUGCAUCACGGCAACACUGUGUUUUUCCGCACACGCAUGGCCGACUCGCCUGUUUCGUUCCCGCCCGUGCCCUGGGCUACGGAGGUGGCUAAGGACUUUUCCGAUCUUGGUGGCCAGCUCACACGGUGGGGCGUUGAAAAUGGUCCUGGCCCUGCCGUGACGACGCCGAAGUCCCUAUCUCGUGCCAAAAACGUCCCCAGGCGCAUGACAAGGCCACUCACUCACUUCUGGGAGUACGGCCAGUGGCUGGACCCUUAUACGCACGGCGAGCAUAUUCGCGACUUCUUACUUUGCGCCAUCUAUGGCACCUUCUGGAACGUCAAAACGAGGGACCCAGAAACAUACGCCAACCUCGAAUUCGACCACGUCGCUUAUGUAGCCGCACAGGGCGAGUUCCGGAGAUAUAAGGGGGACUACGUCCUCACCGAGAACGACAUUCGGAACCAUAAGCAAUUCCGUGACGCGGUGGUGCAGAAUGAGGGAGCAUUCUGUUUGCAUUAUCCGGGCGACGAGGAGUACGAUUUUCGUCUCCGGUGGUGGGAAUGGGAUGAGAGAGACGGGAAGCCUUACGAUAUCCCCUUUCGGUGUCUAUACUCAGUCAAUGUCUCGAACUUGAUGAUGGCAGGUAAGCACAUGAGUGCGACUCAUGUAGCAUCAUCCAACACCAAAUUCAUGGGGAACGGUGGACAGCACGCUAUUGCGACAGCGGCCGCGGCUCAUCUGUGCAAGAAGUACAGCAAGACGCCUAGGGGCAUCUACGAAAACCACCUUCCGGAGCUUCAGAAGCUCGCUGCGACUAUAACCGGCACUGAUUGUUCGCGACUCCAAAGUUAUCUGUGA